CUUUGAGGUUUGUCGUGCUCUCCAGCUCCGCCUCCUUCCAACCAGAAUCGGAUUAGUCGUUAUCCGCAGGCAGCCCACCUUAUUCAAUAUCGUAACAACAUCCACUCCAAAUUCUUCCAAUUUAACGACCAAGAGUGCAAUCAUGGGAAGGUCGACAUCAUGACAGAAAUACGACUUGCGACAGCGUCGAACGUUCGUAGCUUCCAAAGCCUGGCGAAUGCCCUGGUAACAAGCGACGGCCAGUGGAAAGAGCAGAUUGAUCACGAUGCUCUUACUGACGAAUUCGGGAGAUUCAGAGUCUGGUCGGGGAAUUUGGGGGCUCUGCAAAAGGGGCAUAGCUCUCUCGAUUACCGUCUUCGCGAUUCCCCGUUGCUCUCUGGCAACGCCUUGAAGUUUCUAGGAGAGCUCAAUCACAAUCUUGGUGAGGCAAAUGCGAUAGUCUGUGGAAAUCGUCUGCCCUACGAAGAGCAGCCGAAGUCAAUUUUGAGCGAGGGAAAGGAUGACGGAGGAGAAGACGAGGAUGAUGACUUCUUCAGCGACGAUGACGACGACGACGAAGCCGAUGGCUCGAGGAAGGAGCUAACGAUGCGCUAUGAAGAAGUUGUUGAUAUCAUCGACAACCUUUACAAACUCAGUGUUCGCAUACGAACACCUACAAUCCGGUCAAGGUCUCUAAAAGCGGCCUCCUACCAGCCGAAGGAUCCCGAAACGGGUGUCGAUGUACUAAGCAGCUACGCUCAAUAUGACAAGCAACACGUUCAUGAACUCCUCUGCAGCUUACGAAAGCCGCAGGUUGGAGAUGUACAGCUUGAUGAUGACUAUCUGGUAUCUCGUCUGGCUCACGCUGUCACUCUUCGCCGCAGGCACUUUAAGUACUGGAAACGGCAUCGGGACAAGCUUUCAGUCUCCACAAUACUCGAACAGGAACACGAAAUCCACGCAGAACCCACCAAAGAGGGAAUCACUUUGACCCUGACGAAUCAAAUCGCAGAAGUCGAAUCGCCAAGCCCCGUGCCUGCACUUGCAGCGCUUCCCAGUCAGAGGACCGGUAGAACAAUGCUUUCAGGCACAGAAGCAACACACCAUCAUCAAUCGCUUGAUGAUAUGGUCGAUAUGAAAUCUAUGACAAGCCACGCUGUCACUGUGACCGACAUCCAUGGCAAAAGCGUGAACCUACCUGCCCCACCCAAGUGUACAGACGGAGAUCGCGACUUCGAGUGUCCGUAUUGCUAUAUCAUAUGCCCUGCCCGUUACGGGAGAGGGAGGUCAUGGCGCACGCAUCUACUCCAGGACUUGCAGCCGUAUGUAUGUACGUAUCCAGACUGCGAAGCGUCUGAACAGCUCUUCCGCAGUCGUAGGGAAUGGAUCGAGCACGAAGCCAGCCAUCGCAAAGUCUGGAGAUGCCCUGAACAUCCAACAGCCGUGUACAGGUCUCGCGUAGGACUUGAGGAGCAUCUGCGACAAGCGCAUCUUGACAGCUUCCCUGAGACUCAGUUGGAUACUAUUGUCAAUAUUGGAGAGACUUCUACUAUCGAGAUGCGUGAGCAAUGUCCCAUCUGCCUUCUUAACGCCGAUGCAGAAAGCAUGGGUAACUUCACAAACCAUCUCGCCAAUCACCUUGAACGUUUUGCAACUUUUGCCCUACCAAAUAGCGCCGAGGAAGACGAAGACGGAGCAAGUAGUGUCGCAAGUCGAGGCAGAACCGGCACAACCUCUUCUCAAGAUGCAAUUGACAUGUCACUACCCAGCGAUACUUCAGAAGAGUUGGCGACAUCGGUUCACGGGCUGCAGAGAAGCGAUGAAGAACCACUUAUUUACGACCAAGGUCCACAGGAAGUGUCAGCAAGUGAGCAGUUACUGUCUGUGGAGAGUCUACGUGCCAUCCCUAUCGCAAGCCAAAAUCGACUUGAUGCGCUCUUAGCAAGCCAGGCAAAUGAACUAGAACAUGGCCAUGGUGUCGAUGUAGAGACCAACGUCGAUCCAGAGGCUAAUUCCAAUGUGAACACCGACGUUGGUGCAGUGGCCAAUGCGGUAACAAACGACGUCGAGGAGCACCUAGAGAUCGUAGACGAGUUCAGAGCAUACUUACUGACUCUGCCUGGUGUUCAAACUGUUGCUUUCUCCAGACCGUAUGGCUCAUGGAGCGGUAAUGCAACAUUCGACAGCGCGCCACAGGCUGCUCAAGCUAUAGAGCUGUUUGACAGAACCCUAUACCCCGACAUCAAGAUCCAACAAAGUACCGAAAAGGAUCGUAACAUGCUCGAAUUCCGCGCACAAUCCACACAGGACUUCCAGUGGCAAUCUACCCGAAACUCAACAUUUGACACUCAGGAGGCCGAUGACAGUAGUACCUCCUCUACAUCAAUGAUGUAUGAUGAUGGAGAAACGACUCACAACAAACAGGCCGUGCUGGCCGUUUCUGAGAUCCCAACACUGCACAGCAUGUACAGAUCUCGAAAGUUGCUGCAGCGCGAUCAGAGUUUCGCCCCGAACGACUCGUAUAACCGCAUCAUAUCCUUCUGCUAUUACGAUAUUACGAGGAUGAAUGUGGACGCUAUUGUGAACAGCGCGAAUAACUCGCUGGGGACCUCGAAGAACCGGUCGACGCUCAACUACCAUAUCCAUAAAGCCGGAGGCUCAAAAUUUUCAGAAGAAGCAGCGUCGAAGGGAAGACUGAAACCAGGACAAAUUACGCUGACCAGUGGCCACGACUUGCCCUGUGCACAUGUCAUUCAUGCAUCACGGCCGCAGUACAGUAACAACCACGGUAUGCGUCAAUUCAACGUUCUCACGGAUUGCUACCGCAAUACGCUCAAGAUUGCGCUCAUCUCGGGCUUUAAGACUGUUGCUUUUCCUUGUCUGGGCGCUGGCGGCUGCGGUUUCCCACCACGAGUUGCCGCUCGUGUAGCUCUACAGGAGAUGCGAGAAUUCUUGGAUUCUCAUCCCGAACAUCCCUUUGAGAGAUUGAUUUUCGUUGUUCAAAGCAUUUCAGAUGAGAAAGCCUACAUGGACAUGUUCCCAGUCUUCUUCCCACCGACUCAUGGCGACCUGGAGUCUGCCAGAUCGUCUGUGCUGUCUGCAAGCAGAGCAUCACUUGCAGCCCAAGUGUUAGACACACGACUCCAAGUGCAAAAAGUUUCACAGGAGUUAUCUGCAGAGAUAAGCCUAUUCGCUCCUAACUUUCCCAAAGGAAUAUUGGAAGAGCUUCAUGGCAUAGACUCUGCCUUAGCCUCCAUUCGAGGCUUUCUGCUGGGGUCAAAAGCGCUUAACAGAGGUCUCGGGGAUCUUAAUCUUCUCUGCUCUGUAACCCAGACUAUCUGCGGAAGCGUGACAGAGCUUACCGAAUCAGCAAAGAACCUGCCUUUCUCUGGCGAUCGGAAUCACAGUAGUCUGUGGAGUGACUACAACAAUCAUCAGAAAAUGGCCUAUGGUAGUGAUCUUGAACAGUUCUUGGAAGACUGCCAGAACUUUGCUCAGUACCUAGAUGACACCCUAACACGCGGUGGCGUCGAUUUAGACGAAAUGACGCCCGUGCGCUUGAAGCUCGAAAGGUUCAAAGCGAAACAGAAGAACGAGGACGCUGAAGGUGCCCGUGGUCUUCUCGAUGAAGUUCUGUACGCAAGGGUAUUUCAGCGUGAGACAACCACUGAAACCAACGACAUCGUACGACUGCAUCAGAUUCCCUCCGUGGAACAGCUUUACACCACACACAAGCUUGAAAACAAGCCUACCAUGGUACGACCAUCUGCUGUCUUCAAUCAAAUGGUGUGUCUGGUUAGGGAGGAUAUCACAAAGGUAGCGGCCACCGUUAUGGUCAACUCCACCGACGUUACGUUUGCCGGUAUGGGUACACUGGAUCGCAAAGUUUUCAACAAAGGCGGCUUUCAGCUCCGUGAGGAGUGCGCAAAGUUCGGUGUAUGCAAAGAAGGCGAUGUCAAGUUGACGAGCAGUUACAACUUGCCCUCAAAGCACAUCCUUCACGUUGUGCCCCCAGAGCAAUGGAGGAAGAACAGCAAGGAUGUUUUGCGGCAAAUCUAUCGUGAGAUUCUUUACACUGCACAGUCUUUGCAAGCAACGUCAAUCGCAAUUCCGGCCAUUGGAACGGGAAUGUUAAACUAUCCACGACGAGACUGCGCAUCGCUAGCUAUGGAGGAAGUCAAUCGCUUUCUCGAAACCGCAGAGCCGACCAAUCUACUGGAAAAGAUCAUCUUCGUGGUAUACUCAUCCAAUGAUGAGUUCGUAUACAAGUCUCUUCUGCCAGUAUACUUUCCACCGAUCGAUCGAAAUGUCAACAGGGCGCUACCUGCGUCGCAGCCUAAUACCAAGAGCGCACCGCCCCAAGAUGAAAUGGUUUCAGCUCCCCGACGCACACUCUUCAGUUCUAUCGGCGAUGCAGUGCGAAACUUGGGUAGUUCACGUUCUGGAAAGCGACCGAUUGCUCACACCUGGCGCGCCAUCAAUUCCUAUGAAGAGCACGCGCUCAUUGGCUUCGAGUCGCACGCCCAAAGUUGCGACAUUUGCAACACCAUGGAACAGCUUUACAAGGAUAAGAAAGACCUAUGCGAACACGGAUAUCCGCUUGCGCAAACCUUGCUUUGGUACAUGAAUAUGGGGCCAGAUCAGCUCGUGUACACAAGACCUGUGCAAAUCAGACAAAGCAUCAGACUUGAGGUACCAGAGGACAUGUUUCCGCUGUCAAUGAACAUGCUUCGCCUCGUCGAGGCGAGUAUAAGAGACGAGAGUCGAGGCAAUCCGUUCGUCAGCGCAAAUCGCGCAUACUCAACCAUCGUUCAAGGCCAUUCAGAGCAAGACACGGAGGCUUCAGGUCCAACAAUCUACAACGCAGAAACAGCACGAGCGUCUGUUGAAGUAUGGUCGGCUUCUGAAGGUGCAUGGAGUCCAGUCUCUCCGGGUGAAUGCAUUAUCUUCGUUCGACCUGGCAAGAUCGAUGUCUACGAAGCUCACGCGCCAUCUACAGCGCAAGAGCCUCUACUAACGUUCACAUUUGAUCCUGUUGCUAAAAUAUUGAAGCAUGCACAUCGACCUGGGCUGGUGGUGCGUGGUGCGCUUGCUGCUCAAUUCGACAACAAUGAGGAAAUUAUGCUGCUUAGCCAGAACACUGCUGACUCUGAUUCACUGCUGGCCAUGCUGAAUCGCGCCAAUCCAGAGUUUCCAGUGAGCAGGAAAGACCUGGAUAUUUCAUCAAGAGGCCUUCAGAAACCCCCGGCAUCACCAAGAUUCCCUACUGCCAAGGCUGAGUCGGAUUCGGAGAACGAUGAAGAACCGCUCGCUUUGCCGAAGUCAACCAACAAUGCACAAGACCCUCGUGAAGGCCGUCUAAGUCCACUGCAAGCGAAGAUGCAGAGGCUGAAUGAGGCGGCAUCGAGGUUCAGCAUCGAAUCCCCCGAGCAGCAGUCAAACACAAUCACUGAGAUUGGCGAACAUGCAGUCCCGGCAAGACAACAGCAGCAACCUAAGCAGAGUCGAGUCAGUGAUGGUACUGCUCAAAUGACUCUGACUGCGCUCGAACAUCAAAUCCUGUACCACCUGACUGAUGAUUUGAAGUCAAGACCAGGUUCUUACAUUGGUCAGAGUGCUAAUGACAUCGCGUCAGCGCUCAACAGACCCCUUGUGGAGAUAUCUGCAGCCGCUGAGAGCUUAGCAAAGCAGGAUUACAUUCAUAACACCAUCAGUGAUAGUACGUGGGUAAUCUCACGACCUCCUCAGGAACUCCCCGCGCUCGUGGGGCCCCAAUCCGAAGAUUCGGCUCGUCCGUUGCCAUUGUCCACCGCAAGACCUGUCGACAAGACGGAAAAAGCAGACCUGCUGUUUCAGAUGGACUUGCUUGAGCAAAAAGUCCUGUCCUUCUUCACUGUAUUCAACGCCGAACAUCCAUUAGAGAAAGGCUGUCGAUCUCGAGAUGUUGCCGAAGCACUCAGUCAAGAUAUCGAAGAUGUCGAGCUCGCGCUAGAUCAGCUGGCCGAGCAAGGUAAGAUACACCUAGCACCCGAUCGCGAGACCUGGAAUACACCUUUGCCUCGACAAUACAACCCACCUAGUGGCUCAGAGCCACCGGCAGAGGCAGCGGCUAUCCGCGACGCAACAGGAUUCCGGGACACACCACCGAGUCCUGUCAUUGCAGUAACGAGCCCAGAAGUCCAGAACUCGCACGUCGAGAUUUCAAAUGCCGCCGAUCUCAAUAUUGAUGAGGGUUCGUUCUACCCCUACGACCCAACGACCCGCUGGACACGCAUCGACAAGUCCUAUGUCGACCCCAAGGUCCUUGUGACCCUGGAGGAAGAUUUCCACGAAGAUGGCUACAGCCUGGUCGUGCACCGGAUUCUCCGUCGCGGCGAGCUCAAAGAAUGGGUGCAGAUGACUCUGGAUCUGAGACUGAAAAUGGGCGGGAAAGCACAGGCAAGGAGAGGUGUGAGCGGGCAUGACUGGCUGGACGGGGCGAAGGACAGAGAGGAGCGGGAUCGGCACCAAGCAAACCUAGACAGAGUCCUGGCAGGAGACAUGAAGGAAGACGAGCUGCGACACUUCAACCGAGACGACGCAGAAGCAAAGCGCAGAUAGACACACAGCCAAUACAAAGAGUCCACUUCCGCUCA